AUAUAUAUUCAUAAGUACAUUAAGGAAUAGGUUCAAACAACUGUGAAGAAAUGCGGAAGGAUUAAUUGCGGUGUUCAAUCCAUGUUCAUCGCUUGUCCGUGCUGCAAGAAACAUCGGAAAAGUGUGCAGAAGUGUGACUUGAGAGAGCCCUGAUGGUUAGAGUUCCACGUCUUGACCACCUGGCAAUCCAUCCUACCCCCGAGAUGCGCAUUGCUCCAACCAUCCACGGAAUUCGUGUGCCUCCCCCCUCGACGUUGGGAUUCAUUGACUAUACAGACAUUCCCGGAUUUGGCAUCUUUCUUGAGCUGUCCAUGGAUAUAAGAUCAAAGUUCGUCCGGACGUUCAUGUUGUAGGAAGAUCCAUACGCUAAUGAUAAAUGGCAUCGAAACAUGGGGAUUGCAACUCUAAGAGCAGGCCCGAAUCUUUCGAUGAGAAACGCGGGCGUUUGGCUAACGGCUUGACCAUUCGGGCGGGUUGCGCAGAAGGGAU